AUGAAUCAUGAUUUAGUCGAGACAUUUGGACCGACAGUUCUACUCGCCGUAUGUUUUGGGGCUUUGAGAGCCUUCUCUGGGGGUUGUGGAUGGAAAGGACGUAGAAACUACGUUGAGGACUCGAUAUCUGGAAUCACUGGCGAACAUUUGGAGAGCGCGGUGGCCACACAGGAGAACGACGUUUGGACGUUAAUUCAGAAACUGCAACGAGACAUAAAAAAACGGAGGAGUAGAGACAGGGAUAAAACUUGGUGGGAAUCCUACGUCUCCGGAUCCUCUGAUAGCCUGGAUACGUCUUCACCAUCGGUAUAUCGUCGCCAACCGGCGGCUCCCUGCGAGAUUGUUUUUUCCGGUGAAAAGAAGUGGGAACGCGAUAGCUGGCGACGAAAAGAUCAAAGAUGGCAGAAUGAAAGAAGCAGAGGGAAAAGAAGCAUCCUCCUCUCCAGCAGGCCCAAGAUGAAGGAAAGGAGCUACAGAUUCAAGCCACAGCCCUCCCUUCCCAAUGUGGUCAACAGAGAUCGUCUGGCCCUCGACGACUUAGAAGGGAAGGUGAUUGUCGGCGAUGCCCAGGAAAAACUCCACAGAAAUGAGAUGCAGAGGAACCUGGACGACAUCGAGAGGCUGAAGAGGCAGCUGAGCGCCGCCAACAGGCAGAACCGCAGCUGCAGGAGGAAGGAGGAGAACCAGAUGAAGGAGAACGACCGCCUCCGGGGGAUGAUCACAGACAUGGAAGGCCGCCUGUCUGUCGCCGAGCGGAACAUCGCCAAGAAAGAGGCGGCUGCCAACGACCUGCAGCAGAAGCUGAGACAGGCUGAAGAUAAUAACCGCCAAAUGAGGAAGAAGUUCGAGGGCCAGGAACAGGAGAUAAGAAAAGGGCGAAGCGUGGGCGACGACCUGCGACGUCAGGUCCAAGAGGCGAACGCCCUCGUCGCCAAGCUUCGCCAAGACAACGAGAUGAUGAGGUGCGAGCUCAGCCAGAAGGAAAAGGAAGUCCGGAGGAUGAAGUCGAACUGGAACAAAGAUGGCGCCGACGCCAAGCAGCUGAAGGCUGAACUCGCACAGAAGAACGCCGUAAUCAACAAGCUGGAGGCCGACCGAGGGCGACUGGAGAACGAAUACGAGGUUUUGAGGAACAACUUCAGCGUCAUGAAGGCCCACUUCCAGAAUCACAAAAACGAAAAGGACAAAAUCGCCGCACAACUCAGUAUACUGGUGCAUGGUCGGGGCGAGGACGAGGAAUCGCUGAGGGAUCUGGACCAGCGCCUGGACAGCCUCUUAAAAGUCUACAGGCAAUACCAGCAAAAAGAGAGGAGCCCCAUUCUCCCGAGUGCUAUAGCGCGAAUCCGGAGAAGAUAUCAAGGCAGUUGCCAAUGA